GAAGCUCUUGCAGCUGGGGAUACUGAUGCAGCAGGAGUUGACCCGGAAUCACCCGAGCAACUACUGGCUUGGUCUGAAUCCUUAGGUGAUAAAGGCGAUAAGGCUGCGAGCAUGAUGCAAGCAAGGCAUCGAGGCUCAGCGGUACUUUAUCAGUUAUGCGUGCGUCGUGAGUGUGCUGUAUUUUGUGAUACUAGAAGAAGCAAGAUUUUAGUCGAAAACGAAAUGGAACUUGAAAGAAUAUUAUCAAGAACCCAGAUUUAAGUCAGAAUAUCUUCUCCUAAUCUGAAGACGAAAGCUUACUCUUCAAAAGAAAAUCCUUAUCCAAAUGAAUGUCAACCACCAGGCUCGCAAAGAAGUUGAAGCGUUGAAGAAAGCUAGAGAAGAGGCAAUAGCCGCUGGCGAUACUGAUGCAGCAGG